AUGGACGUUACUGUCCUACCCAUCCUGAACCUGCGAGAGCACCAGGCUACCCAAUCGCUAUCCUGUUUUAUUUCAACACCGGGCACGUCGGCAAACAAGACUGGCCGCUUCUCUCUCGCGUAUAUCCCGCCUCCGAGCCUGGCACAUUCCACUUCUCUCCGCGCUGCCCAACCUAGGCCCCUAUGCUUCAAUCAGAGCGUUCUUACUAUGGAUAAUUCGAAACCCGAGUAUCUCCCUCCCAGAGGCGAGCGCGCCGCUCGGCAUAGCAAGGAGGUUCCUGGAGGCUCUGCUGUUACCCAACCACCGCCAGGCUUCCCGUUGACUCUGUCUUCCCCUCUAGCAUGGACUCGAAAUGAGAUGGAAGGAGAUGCGCACAAGUACAUUCUGAGACUGUCCGACGAGCACAUUUUCGCCCUGGAAACUGGCUUGCGACGCUUUGGCGACUUCCCAAGGCAGGGCGACAUCUCUGACGAAGACUUUCCCUUGCCCAAUGACUUGGUACGCGAGCUGCGAAGGAUCUCAGAUCAGUGCUACCGCGGUCCGGGAUUCGCCGUUAUCAAGGGCCUCGAUCCAACCAAGUAUACUGCGGAGGAAAAUCUCAAGAUCUAUGCCAGCAUCGCGGCCCACGUGGCUCCCCACCACGGCUUUGUGAACCACGACCGCACCAAAGUGGUUGCGUACGUCAUGAACGAAGAAAACGGCCCGGGCUCUUCAAGGGCCCCUGGUUUUACUAAAGAUGCUCUGGCUUUCCAUACCGAUUCUAGCGAGAUACUUUCUUUAUUUGCCAUCAAUGUCGCGUCCGAGGGAGGGUCAACGUUGAUCUCAAGCGGUUAUCACCUGUACAACCAGUUGGCGCAGAUGCGCGACUUUAGCUUCCAAGACCCAGCAAAGUAUCCACCAAUCCACCGAGCAAUGUUGCACGCCGCGGAUGCCAACAACGUAUGCUUCACUUUCAGUCGCUACCCUAUGACGGGGUACAAGCAGCGGCAGCGGGACCCAUCCCUCCCUCCACUCACUGAAGCGCAACUCGAGGCUUUGGACACCGUUCAGCAUAUUUUAGAGGAGAACUCCAUUGCCCUCCCUUGGGACAAGGGCGAUAUCGUAUUCAUCAACGACAUGGCCAUUUUCCACGCUCGCACAGCAUUCCAGGAGCAGGAAGGCUCCGGCCGUGAGCUCGUGAAGCUUUACCUCCACGAUCCAAAACAGCAGUGGCCCGUUGCCCCAACGGCACAGGAGAACUGGAACAAGCUCUUCGUUCCCAAGAAGCAAAACAACGCUAGCCGGGACGAAUGGAACUUGGUCGACAAGUCCGGAGAGAAUUCUCUUUCUAACGGAUGA